AUGAAUCCAUCAGAAAUCCAAGAAAUGAACUUCAACAUAAUCCAAAACAAUUUUUUCCCAGAUAAUCUUCCAUAUCACCCUGCCUUUCUUACCGGGCUCCAUGAGUUAAGCCCCAACAACACUUACAUAAGCAGCAACUCAACCUCAGACGAGGCUGAGGAUCACCAGCAUAGCCUUAUAGAUGAGAGAAAGCAAAGAAGAAUGAUUUCCAACAGAGAAUCUGCCAGAAGAUCAAGAAUGAGAAAACAGAGGCAUUUAGACGAGCUUUGGUCCCAAGUUACUCGUCUCAGGACCCAAAAUCACAAUCUUAUCGACAAAAUUAACCACAUGUCCGAGAGUCAUGAAAAAGUGGUUCAAGAAAACACGAGGCUCAAAGAGGAAACUUCCAAUCUUCGUCAGAUGCUUACGGAUCUUCAUAUAAGCAAUUCUUAUGAAAUAUUGAGGGGUUUUGAGGAUAUUUCAUGCAACUUGGCUCACCUCAAGUCUGAGUAUUCGGACCAAUCUGUCACCACUUUUCUUCACUGA